AUGGCACCCACGCCGCACUCCGUGUUACCGGAAACGACGAGGCCGGCGGGCGAUGCGUUCGAUUUCUUCCAACCACCCAUCGCCGUCAGCGUGGGCGACCCAGCGACCACCUUCCAAAUAAAUGCAAACAUCCUAUGCACUUCUUCGGGCUACUUCCAGGCAAUACUCUUGGAGAAGAAGCCACACGGCAAACAGAUAUCCAUAGAGCUGCCUCGGCAUGAACCUGCGGCGUUCAACAUCUACUUGAACUGGCGCCAUCGAGGCAAACUCUUCAUCAACCAGCCAACCGGAAAGAACGCAAAGGGCAACGAAGAUGUCUUUCGCGAAUCUUUCUGGGAGAACAUGUUGGAAGCAUACUUCUUGGGCAACAAGAUCGACGACACAGAUUUCGAGGACGCCCUUCUGGACUCGGCGCUUCUCGCAAUGCUCGGCGAUGAUGAAGGCGUGACAUGGUACCCGGGCCGCCGCAUUCGACAACGUCUUUACGAGCGCACCUCUCCUGGCUGCUGCAUGCGACGCUUGUUCGUACACAUGGCGGCUUCUUUGACCAACGUGAAGCAGCUGGUUCAUGACGAUGACCCUCUCACCUUCCUGCAAGAGCUUCAACGAGAACUGGCGAGCGGCAAAGAAGAGGAUACAUAUCAAAUUGGUGUGGAACGCGCUUUCCACGAGCAUGCUCUCGAAGAGAAGAAUUGCUAUCGUCGGCGGAAUAUUAGGAGAUGCUUAUUCUCAAACCCGUUGAAGUCGGACGCGCCGCGUUUUGGGGGCUGGAAAGACCUCGAAGCGCUGGCUUGCGUUGCCGCCCACCCACUCUUCUGCUAUUCUAAUAACGUGCAGGAUUCCUGGAUGGUGCGGCCGCUAUGGCUGUGCCGCUUAUGCCGCAUGUUUUUCGUUGAGUUUGUUCGUUCAGCACAGAGUUUCCAGGUUCCUCACUACCGACGAAAUCCAAGUGCGAACGACAGUAUCGCUACAGAAUCGCAUCAGCCUCCUAGCAGCGAGCAGUCCAACACCGCCUUUAAUAAUGCCUCCAUCUACGACAAGCUCCCAGGACUCUGGUUCGAGACAUGCAAUGACGACGAGGGCAACCCACCAUGUACAGCAUACUGCCACAAGAACGAUACAUCAUGCCAGUCACUUGCCGGCGGAGUUGUCUCUGCAUGUAAGGAUCUGUGGUCGACGUAUAAUGGAGACAGAGACAGGACAUCGGAUCCGGCGCCAGGAUGGUCACUAUACUACACAACUUACGGCCAAGAUCCGAGUCUGAUGUCCACCACUAUUGACGUUUACAAAACAUUCAGCACUGCUAGUGUUGCUGUGACCAAGCAAAACGUUCACACGAACGAGACGAAUCGUCAAGUCACGAUAACACCAGUAUAUGCGCUUGGACGACCGUCUCCAAGCGUGAAAGUGACGACAGCCACGGAGUGGGCAGUAUCGAACAGUUGGCUAACAAAGCCUACGCCGAGCUGCAGAUACGUCACCUUGUCGACGAGCAACGACUGUGGCAAAUGCUCGAUAUAUGGGGGAUCUGUUGAGCUGUAUUACUGGCCGCCGACGACUAAUACCGACACUGCGAUGUCAACGCCUGCAACGCGGUCUAUGGAACUCACGAACGGCAUAACGCUCUUCUCUCCCACGGUGUACAUCUCGCUCUCGACUGUGUAUGCAUCCAACUGGUGCACUCGAGUCGGUCAGAACCAUACUGGCACACUUCUCGCGAUGAAUCCUACAGAUGUUUCGACUCAAUGGCACUGGGGUGGAAAGGUUGGCCAGAGCGCAGCCAACUCGUAUGGCCCAAUCAACUACACCGACCUCGCUGGCUUGACCCCUGUUACCGACUACGAGCAGCAGCCAUCGUGCAUCAUGUUCGGCUGCUCGACAAUAUUUCCAACUUGGAAUCCGACGCUUGUCGUGCCCUCAGCUUUGCGAACCUUGGCCCCAGAAUGGGCGGACUGUGGGGCGGCGCUGGAAGGCCUUUACGACCCCCCAAUUGCUUUGACCGAACAAGCGGUCAUGGCCACCCCGACCUUGCCUGUUGCCAACGUCAUCACAAUGACUACCGCGACUUCUGCUGUCUCUUACGAAACAGCUAGUCAAUGCUCUGCGCCUUCAAGUUCAACGCCAACGAAGACGAGCGAUCCAUCCACUACAGCUGACGCAGGGUCGAAAAAUCAAGCAAGCGACCUCGCAAGUCUCAUCGCAGACGGUGGGGAAUCAUCACAAGGCUCUUCAAUCUCGAACCAUGAAGAUACGGCAAGCUUCUCUAAUUCUCCAUCGACCGACAGACCACUGGCAGAGACUCCGACUGUCAGUCCGACGACACAAGUGGCGAGAGUUUCUUCAUCGGCGCCGCCGUUGUCCGCCGUUGUCACUGAAGAGCAGACGACCAAUGUUGCUGGCUACAUCGCAUCUAUUAUGUCCCUCAUCGUACAAGCGACUACUCUUACGAGCUUCAAGCUUGUAUCUGAUGAAUCAAGAGCUCAUGCUUCCAGCACCGCACAAUCAACAACAAUAAUUGCCAGUCAAGGGACGGCAUCUAGCACAUCCAGUGUAGGGGUCACAUCCGAGGCCGAGGCUUCCAGUCGCAAACCUGAUGCUGACACUGCCGUCUCUUGGCCGACUCCAACUGUUCAUCGAAACGAGCAAGGCGACUUCAUCGUCAAUGGCAUGACUCUUGCACCCGGAUCACCGAUCACACUUCUCCACGGAUCAUCUCAACUGACGGUCGCUAUGGCCGUCACAGGUGGCAAGACAUUAAUCCAACUCGGCGCGACACGUACUGCAUCUCUGGGUCCACCGACAACAUCUCCAUCGGCCCCAUCAAGUGACCCUAGCCAAAGUAAGGCCACGAACUCGACGAAUUCUUCCUCAUCUACUAUUCGAAUAUCUUCAACAGCUUUAUCCUCCACAAGCAACGUGGUGGAGCCUCGUCCUUCUGCAACGUCUGCAGCACAACGCAUCAACGUCCGUUUUCAGAUCUGGGCCGCAGCCACCUUGACGACGGUCGUUUGGCUGGCGCUGUCCUUGAUUGCAAAUUAG